AGCUACUCUGUUCACCCCCUUCACUUCCACAUGACGCCAUUUACAGCAUAACCCGACCUCCUCUCCGGAAAGAAGAAAAAAACAAGAGCAGGAAAAACUUGAAAGCUCUACAGUGUGUGCCGUGCAGCCAAACAUUCAACUUGCGCAACAUUUCUUCAUGAGAAACUAUUCAGCCUUUUUUAUGAACUCGGCUGAUUUUGUUGGAUUCUGGAACUUUUUUUUUUUUUUUUUGGCAAAAUAAGCGGUUAAUGUUGCCAAAGUUAAACCGUUGGUGGUGCUUUACAUUACGUUCUACUUGGAAUACAUUUCCGCCGUUGUUGUUUCGCGCGAGUUAAGCGGAGAAAAAACACGCUACUACGGGGACUCGCGAGCGUUUGCGAUCAUCGGGAUUUUUGUGAAUGAAUCUCCCAAUGAACUGAGGACUAACCAAAGAGAAAUUCCUACUAGUAGGAUAUACUCUUCACAACACAAAUAGGGGGUUGAGGUGGUGAGAUCACGGACUUCAGAUGUGUUCAAUGCCAGCUGGAGGGUUCUCACUUCAGAGUAAAGAUGGAGACGAGAGCUCAAAAUGGCAGCAGCGGCUCCCCCGGGUUGCUGCGAGCUUUGCGUGACACUGGCAGACCCCAGGCUGGGGACCCGGAGCCUUGGGAUGGUCAGGUGCUCUCCCUGGACCAGAUCAGAACCAUCCGAAGCAGCAAUGAGUACACGGAGGGCCCAACAGUGGCACCUCGGCCGCUGGCCUCCCAGCAAAAAAUGGACUCGAAACCUUCUAGCCCGACAUCCACCACCUCCAAUGAGCUCUCAGAGCACAGAAGCUCCCCGAGGGCACAACGAGUUUCUCAUACUCCUCAACAACCCCCUCAGUUGCCGAGGAGCACCAUAAGCAGAUCCACCAGUGCCACCAGCGAUGGUUCGCGCAGCAGCGCGAGGGCCAGUACGGGCAGCACCUCGUCGAAGCAAAGACUUUUGGCGAAUACAGGUGGGACAGGUGAUCGGAUUGUGAGGGUGCAACCUAAAGGUUCAGACCUGAAACAAGACAACCUCAAGCCCCUUGCCGUGCCCGGAGUGAAGGAAGACGAUAAGAAACACUCAGAUCGGUGCACUGACUGCAGUCGCUGCAAGUGCGAAAGGUGUUCCUACCCUCGGACUUUGCCUUCUUGUUGGAUGUGUGGUCGCAGGUGCCUUUGCUCCGCAACGACAACGAUGGACUACGUCACCUGCGUUUGUUGCGUCAAGGGCCUUUUCUACCACUGCUCGAGUGACGACGAGGAUGUGUGCGCAGACAAACCUUUCUCUUGCAGCCAGUCGCAUUGUUGUUUGCGCUGGUCGGCCAUAAGUGUCCUGGCACUGUUCUUGCCCUGCCUCCUUUGCUACCUUCCAGCAAAGGGUUGUGUGGCGCUGUGUCAGACAUGCUACGACUGCACCAAUCGACCAGGCUGUCACUGCAAGAACAAAGGAGUUGACAUAUAAAGGAAACUUGAUUCACAGAGUAGCACUGCGUAGAUAACCUUAUCUGGAUGAUCCCGACGCACCUAGGGCGGUGGAAAUAUUCGCAAAUUGUUGUAGUUUUGGCACUGUAGACGAAGAGGGGACAUUGGAUUGGCAAAAACUGGUUUGAAGUGGUUUGUUUGUUUGUUUGUUUUGCUUUUCUCUUAAACUCUUUCUUUCACACUUUAAGAAGGGGAAAUGUGUCACAACAACUUUCCCGUUCUUUUCAUUUUAAACUGAAUUCCAGAAAGUUAGCCCUAUUGGCAUUCAGUAAUAUGUCUGAUAAAGGUGACAGACUCUAACUAACUGUUCGUGAAUAGUAUCUGCAAAAUAUGUAAAUUAGCAAAUGAGCUCUGUUUCUGAGAGAUUUUAUUUUUGUACAUAUAUUUCAACUGUGAAAGCAUUGUGCCAAACCAGAGGCACCUUGAGAGAUCCAUAUAUAUGAUGCAUAUAUAAAACUUGUAUAGUGUUGUACAUUCGUUUUGAAUGUACGUCAAUCACUUUUUUGAUAUUUUGCCUUAUAGAAGAGAAACCUUACAUGAAUUAUUCCUACAGCUAUACUUGUAAAUUGUACAGUGACCCUAAGAAAAACUUUAUUUUCUAAUUUCAAAAAUAAUGUUUAGUGUAAAAAUAUUUAUUUGAAGUUUUAUUAUUUUAUAAAGUAAUAUUUAUUUUGAGAAGCAUCUUUAUAGACAUCACCCCAACUUUGAGACAAAAACUUCUGCUGUUGCUGCAAAAAAAAGGGUGACGGUUGUCAAAUCUGAUGCAUAUGUUCGCUAUAAAAUAGAAAAUAUAUUAACGUUUUGAAAUUAAACAGUGCAUUUGCUGUGUUCUUUCUGUCCCACUGUUGAACUUGUUUUUAGCGUUUGAGCGCAAAGACCCGUUUUAGAAAGUCUAGCGUAUUUUUUUCAGUCCCCUUUGUUUACCCGAUGGAUCUUCUGUCAGUGUAGCAUUUCACUUUGGGUUUAUGAUGACACGAUGAUGUUCAAACCGAGCUAUGCUUCGGUUUCGAGGUCAUCUGUAAAUAAGCCUUUGAAAGUGAUAGUGUAUGAUGGCAAAUUAGGUGACUUCAAGAACACACUGCUCAAAAUUGAGAUUUUCUGUCAAUGUUAUCUCCAUGCACAAGGAGACUUUUCAAAAGAGAAGUUUAAUAAAGGAGACUAUAAAUGCACACCAAUCUAAAACUUGGGAAUAUCAGGGAAUUUUAAAGUCAUAGAUGUGUCUAUACAUACUAAAAGGUUUUUUUCGUUAUUCGCUAUUUGUGGGUGCAAUAACUUGACAAUUAUUUUAAAAAAUCCUUAUCCAGUAAUUACAACUGGAAAAGUUUCAAAACUGGAUAUUGAUUGGAAAGUUGGGGAAUGCUGUCAAUAAUGUUAAUGUUUCUGUCACUGCCAUCCAGCAUCACAACGCUGAGAUAGGCACAUAGAAUCUGUCUUUGAAAACUACACAUUUGUAUUGGUUUCCUUUUAGCAACCAGGGGACUACAUGUCUUCAGAUCUUCAGUUAUGUAAUAGUCACAUUGAAAUUGUCAUAUCACAAAGAACAUGCAAUGAAAUAAAAAGCUCCAAGUUAUAA